GCACUGGGAGUCAAUCUAAAUGGUGCAAAAAAUGUAAUACAACUAAUAUUGAUAAUAAAAAACGUACUUGCUCUAAAUAUAAUGAAAAACUAGAUACAUUGGCUGUUUUACAAGCGGAAUCUGCUAACGAG